AUGGAGAUCCGCUGCGGGGGUCUCCUCUUCAGCUCCCGCUUCGACUCAGGGAACCUGGCGCACGUAGAACAGGUGCGGCCUACGGAGCCGGGGGGCGGCCCCGCCGCCCGCGCCAACGCUCUCCCCGCCGCCGACUACGAGUUCAACGUAUGGACGCGGCCCGACUGCGCCCACACUGAGUAUGAGAACGGCAACAGGUCCUGGUUCUACUUCAGCGUGCGGGGGGGGGCCCCGGGGAAGCUGAUCAAGCUGCACAUCCUGAACAUGAACAAGCAGAGCCGGCUGUACGCGCAGGGCAUGACCCCCUUCGUGCGCACCCUGCCCGUGCGCCCGCGCUGGGAGCGCAUCCGGCAGCGGCCCAGCUUCCAGGUGGUGGAGACGCAGUUCGUGCUGUCCUUCGUGCACCGCUUCCUGGAGCACCGCGGGGCCACCACCUACUUUGCCUUCUGUUAUCCCUUCUCCUACACGGAGUGCCAGGACAUGCUGGCACAGCUGGAUGGCCGCUUCCAGGACUGCAGGCACAUGUCCCCCAGCAGCCCCCUCGACUCGGUCUACUACCACCGGGAGCUGCUCUGCCACUCUCUGGACAAGCUGCGUGUGGAUCUGCUGACCAUCACCUCCUGCCAUGGCAUGCAGGAGAAGCGGGAGCCCCGGCUGGACAAGCUUUUCCCAGACACCAGCACACCCCGGCCUCGCUGCUUCACUGGAAAGAGGGUGUUUUUCCUCAGCAGCAGAGUCCACCCAGGAGAAACCCCCUCGAGCUUUGUCUUCAACGGCUUCCUGGACUUCAUCCUGCGGGAGGAGGAUCCCCGUGCCCAAAUGCUGCGGAGGAUGUUUGUCUUCAAGCUCAUCCCCAUGCUGAACCCCGACGGGGUGGCACGGGGCCACUACCGCACUGACUCCCGUGGGGUGAACCUGAACCGGCAGUACCUGCACCCCGACGCCGAGCUGCACCCCGCGGUGUACGGGGCCAAAGCCGUCCUGCUCUACCACCACAUCCACAGCCGUGUCCUGCCAGGCUCUCCGGACUGGAGGACGUUUGUCUCCCCGCUCAGCACCAGCUCACUGAGCAUAACAUCUCCCAACUGUCCCGUCCCAGCCGUGGAGGGCACGUUAUCAGAGCUGGACAAAACCAACAACCUCCGCAACUCCCCCGGCACCUGGCGUGCCAGCACCCACUCGUGCCUGGCCCAGGAUGCCCAGCUGUCAGACAGCACAGAGCGAGCCAGCUGGAUCCUGCCAUCGAGCCACAGCACCGAGCACUGUGAGGAGGGGCCGUGGGCGCCUCCCCCAGCCCCCGUCCCCAAAGCUGCUGAGCCCCCAGAGCCCAUUGCACCCCGGGACAGUGGCCUGGCUUACUACGUGGACCUGCACGGCCACGCGUCCAAGCGCGGCUGCUUCAUGUACGGCAACAGCUUCAGCGACGAGAACGACCAGGUGGAGAACAUGCUGUUCCCCAAACUCAUCUCCCUGAACUCGCCUCACUUUGACUUCAUGGGCUGUAACUUCUCGGAGAAGAACAUGUACGCGCGGGACAAGCGGGACGGGCAGUCCAAGGAGGGCAGCGGGCGCGUGGCUGUCUACAAGGCCCUGGGCAUCAUCCACAGCUACACCCUGGAGUGCAAUUACAACACGGGGCGCUCUGUGAACAGCAUCCCUGGGGCCUGCCAUGACAACGGGCGUGCCAGCCCCCCGCCACCGCCCGCCUUCCCCUCCCGGUACACCGUGGAGCUCUUCGAGCAGGUGGGUCGGGCGGUGGCAGUGGCAGCUCUGGACAUGGCCGACUGCAACCCCUGGCCGCGGAUCGUGCUGUCGGAGCACACCUGCCUGGGCAACCUGCGCGCCUGGAUGCUGAAAUACGUGCGGGGGCUGCGCGGCACCGGCGGGGGCCCGCGGAGGAGAGGAGGUGCCAGGACCCCCCCCAGGAGCUCCACGUAAGGGCCGGCUGGGGCGAGCGUGGGAGCUGCAGGAUAACGGCACUUAGAGAUGAUAAAUGUCCCCAAGUGAGUCACCUGCCAGGGUCACCUGCCCUGGCCCUAGCCCUUCCAAGCUCCGGGAACUGCAGUUGUCAGUCCCUCUGCUCCGAGCCAUGGGCAGAGAAGGGCAGAGAGUGAACUGGUUGGGAUUUGCCUGCCCCAGUAAUCUGGGAGGUCUCUCCUGUGUCACCUCCAGCACCGGACUGGUGUGGGAGAGGC